GCCACUUGUCUAGGCUUCCCCAAACUGUGGAUUCUUGUUCUUUCUCUGUAAACUUUGCUCUUAACUUCUUACCCUUUUGUUUGCUUCUUCUCACACUCUCUCUCUUUCCUCUUCUUUCUUCAGGCUUAAUCCACAGAGAAAUUCCCAACUAAGAUUCCAUGGAAGAGGUAACAUUAUAGCUUCUCAAAGCCUCAUUGGAGAAGAUGUUUAUGUGAACUAGAUUUCGAAGAAGGGACCAAGAAUAAUAACUAAACCUCUCAUUUUCAAAUUGCAAAGUCAUAUAUAUUAUAUAUCAUAUAUCAUAUCAUCAUCAUGUAUCAGAACCAGGCCUUUCCUUCAGGAUCCUAUGAAGAAAUGUUAUCUGGGAAUUCCCUAUUAACUCAUCAUAACUAUGGCGAUUCGGUUGGAGGAGGAGGACACAACAAUGAGCUGAAGUUCAUCACCUCUCUAGGUGAAUCAAUGACUAUGCAGCCUCUUGAAGAGCAUUCCAAUGCUGCUGCGACCGGCGAUCCAUCUUGCAACUCUUUUGGUGAUCAAAACAUUCAGUGCCAAGGUUUGUCGCUUAGCCUUGGAUCGGUUAUGCCUUCUAUUGCAACAUCAAUGCCUCAUCACUUUCAAUACCCGCAGUAUCACAACUCUAGCUUCACUUCACUGAUGAAUGCCAUGCCAAACUUAAAGGGAAAUAAUGGAUCAUCUCUUAAGGAUGAUGAGGUGAGAAACACCGAAUGCAUGACCCCGCCAAUGUCUUCCGGAGGAUUCUACAACUCUAUAAAGAGGGAAGGUUUGUAUAACAAUACUAAUCAUCCUUCAAUGUGCCUCAGCGAAGGCCAGGUUGAUCCAGGCCUACACGGAUCGGCUGGUUUUUCCUCCAGUACUGCCUUAAACUCACAAUACCUGAAGGCAGCACAGGAGUUGCUUGAUGAAAUAGUUAAUGUUCGAAAGGCUUUGAAGCAACCCGGAUUGGAGAAACAACAGAGUUUUCGUGAUGCCGGAUUAGAUGGCUCCAAAGAUUCUGAUGGAAAAUCUAAUAGUCAAUCUAUGCAAGUAUCUUCAGGUGCCAAUGGUUCUGCUGUAAACUCUUCAACCGAGCUAUCGCCGGCAGACCGACAGAAUUUGUUGGACAAGAAGACAAAACUUUUGGCUAUGUUAGAUGAGGUAGAUAAAAGAUACAGACAGUAUUGCCAUCAGAUGCAAAUUGUGGUAUCAUCAUUUGAUAUGGUUGCCGGGUGUGGAGCUGCCGAACCGUACACUGCGCUUGCAUUGCGCACAAUUUCACGCCACUUUCGAUGUUUGCGCGACGCCAUCAGUGGCCAGAUUCAAGUGACUCAGAGGAGCCUUGGAGAGCAAGAGGGAAUACCUCGGCUCCGCUACGUCGAUCAGCAACUAAGGCAACAAAAGGCACUUCAGCAACUUGGUGUGAUGAGGCAAGCUUGGAGACCUCAGAGGGGACUUCCUGAGAGCUCUGUUUCUAUACUUCGCGCGUGGCUAUUCGAGCAUUUCCUUCAUCCUUAUCCAAAGGAUUCAGAGAAGAUUAUGCUGGCAAGGCAAACAGGCUUGACCAGAAACCAGGUGGCAAAUUGGUUCAUAAAUGCAAGGGUGCGGCUAUGGAAGCCAAUGGUUGAAGAAAUGUAUAAAGAAGAAUUUGGUGACUCUGAGAUGAGUUGCAACCUCUUAUCUGAAAACAGCAUACCAAAAGCUUCAAGAGAUGAUGUUCAAGUUUCUGAUAAUAACAAAAGAGAAGAAUCACAAGAAAAUUUGGCAGCUGUUGAUGAUAGUGUUCAACAUGGUAUCCAAAGUAGCGAUUAUGGUGAAAACCUCAUGGAUUCUUCUUCUUCAAGGACUAGUAGGAAAUUGCAACAAUGUGAUCAAAGAUUUAACAUGAAAAACACACCGUUUUCAAAUGCUUCUACAAUACAAAUCAAUCACCAUAAUGGUCAUGAUGAUGGUAAUGGUUGCUUAGCUUCUACUCAUGCAACAUAUGAUUAUUCCGCGUUGGGAAACUUUGCGGCCGUUGGUGGCCAUGUGUCCCUUGCGCUCGAGUUGAGGAACCGCGAGAGCAAUGGAUUAGGCAUGUCAAAUGGUGAUGAGAUACACAACAAAAGAAGUAGUAACCAGACUUUGGCUUCUUCAUCUGAGAAUGAUUUGUUGGAUUAUCAUUUGACAGAACAAGAGAAGCAACAGCAACAACAACAACACAAGUUUGGAAAUCCACAACAACGGUUGUUACACGAGUUUGUUGUUUGAAAUUUGAAAGUUAAGCUACAUAGAAGUAGAAAUUAGAUCUAUGAUGUUGCUUCUUGUUGAUAAAAAAAAUUACUGCAUCCAAUAUACUUAAUCAAAAUGAUAAUGUAUUUUGUAAUUGUAAUGGUGUAUUGUAGUACUUAUACUUUCAUGCCACGCCCAAAUUGCUUUUGGACAUCCAAAAUUAAUGUUGUUGAUAAAAGUUUUCAUCUCCAUUCCAUACCAGUAGUUCUAGUUUUGUUUAAAUGUUUAAGUAUUUGUG